GCUAGCGAACGCUCUCCCUUAGCCGACUAUACUCGUAUAGUUAAAUGUGUUGGCCACUAACCAACGCAAUUUUCGCACUGACCACUUAAGUGACUUUGAAAAAACACACACAUAUCUCUCGUCCAAUUAUUGCAACUAUAAAGUGUCCGUCAAUUUUAACUCAAGUGAAUAACGUACGAUAGGAAGUUUUUAGAAAAUUAAUAUUACAACAAUGGGAAAACAUCUACAAACUGUUGCCGCAAUGGCGUGCAUGAAAAGUCUACUGAUGGUCUUUAAUUUUGUCUUUUGGAUUUCUGGAAUAGUUAUUUUGGCCAUUGGAGUAUGGAUGGAAAUAGAACUUUACAAAUACAUGGAGAUGAGUACCGAAUUUAGCGGAACUGCUCCAUACGUACUAAUCGGUACUGGAUCUUUAAUAAUAAUUAUUGGAUCUUUCGCUUGCUGUUGCACUGUCAAGGGACAACCAGUACUGCUGUAUGUGUAUGGUGCAUUUUUGGCAAUUAUUUUCGUCCUGGAGCUGGGUGCAGGGGUGUCCAUAUUUGCAUACAGGACCAAACUAAACGAAGGAUUUGAGAAAGGACUAACCCAAGCGAUGAUCAAUUACAGGAACGAUACCGCCCAUUUGGCCGAUAAUUUCGAUCUAAUGCAAAAAACGUUACACUGUUGCGGAAAUCACCAGGCCAGCGAUUGGUUAAAUUUAACACCUCCAUCUCCGAUCCCAACAUCUUGCUGCGUCCAAGAAGGCUGUGACAGCAGUGACGAUAGACAAAUUUAUUCCCAGGGGUGCUACGAAAAAAUCAUUGACUUUUUAAACUCGAACAUCGGAUUGGUAGCUGGAGCAGCUGUUGGUAUAGCAUUCUUUCCUUUGCUAGGCGUUAUACUUUCGUGCUGCCUAGCGAGCGUCAUAAAUAAGGCGAAAUACGAGCAAAUGGCUUGAAAAAGUAAUGAAAAAUAUUAUUCUUAUUAUUCUUCGAAUCUUAAUGUUAAACCUAUUUACUAUAUAAUCCUCAUUCCUAUAACAAAUAAAAUGUGUUUUUUAAGCUUUAUGUCAAUGUGAGCAGUGGCGGAUCUAGGGGGCAAAAUGGAGGAAAUCCCCUAAAAGCUGACAUUGUU